AGAACCACAGCUCAUGGCAUAUAUUCCCCCAGCAUAGCCCCACUUAUGUUUCCAGAUAUGGAGUGAGAGAGAGAACAUAGGACAGGCCAGCAACUCCAAAUUAUAAAGAGAACUAUAGCUGCCACAUAUUGACACACAAGAGCUAAUCAAAACCCAUUUUUUAUGUUUCAGCUUUCUUUCUGACUCUCAUCUCAUCCAUAAAAUAGAAACUGGCAAUAUGCAAAAUCAGAACAUGAAUUUGGUUUUGUCCACUGAUGCAAAGCCCAGGUUAAAAUGGAUUCCAGAACUUCAUCAGAGAUUUACGGAAGCAGUGGAUCAACUUGGAGGGGCAGACAAGGCAACACCAAAGAGUCUGAUGAGGGUGAUGGGAAUUCCUGGAUUGACUUUGUACCACCUAAAGAGUCAUUUACAGAAAUAUAGGCUGGGGAAAAGCCAGCUGCCAGAAUCCUGCACUGACAAUAAGGAAGAAGAUCACAGAGAGAUUAAGACCAACGAUGGGCAUUUGAGUAGGGACAUCAGUGAUGCAACCAAAAACCAGAUUAACGAAAACUUGCAGAUUGCUCAGGCUCUCCAAUUGCAAAUGGAAGUACAAAGGAAGCUGCAUGAGCAGAUUGAGGUACAGAGACAUCUGCAGCUGAGAAUUGAAGCCCAAGGGAAGUAUUUACAAUCGGUACUGAAGAAAGCUCAGGAAACACUUUCUGGGUAUAAUUCUUCUCCUCUGGGAGUAGAACUUGCAAAAGCUGAACUCUCCCAGUUAGUAUCAAUGGUCAACACUGGCUGCCCGAGCUCUUCGGUCUCAGAAUUAACAGAAACAGGAGAUCUGAGUCUAAAAGACGUGGAGAGGAAACAAGUUAGAGGCACGAUAUGCUCCAUGGAAAGCUCCUUGACAUCAUCCGAAAGCUCGGGGAGAAAGGAAGAGAAGAGACCGAUGAAGGACAGUGGUGACCCCCAAAUGUCUAAUACAACUGCUCUGGAACUUUCGUUAAUGGAUCUUCACCCAGAAGACAAGCCAAGGAGAACUGAUGCAAGCAAUCAAGGAAGUGGGAGGAAGAGAAGCGGAAGUGCCAUUUCUGAUGGUAUUUGCGCAGAACAACCAGUUUCUAAAAGAUCACCAACCCUCAGAGACAAAAGUGGUAAUCCACUGAGAAAAUCUGGAUUAUUGGAGAAACUGGAUCUCAACAGCCACUAUCAGCAUGACAUUGAAUCAGGUCCAAAAGCAAUAGACUUGAACAUCAAGGGAAUAGAACUAUGCAACGGUUGGAAUCUUGAUAAUACAGAUCGGUUUUAGUCA